GAGCCCAAUCUGGCAACCCCGAAGGAGUCUGGUCGAGGAAAAUAUUGCCCACAGCAGACUACUUGGCAUUAAAGACGGCUGGCGGUAGGAGCUGCGGUAACCCGUUUCCAGAAUCUACUGUUCAGUUUUCUUGCCAACAUCAAAUUUGGAUCAACUUGACAAAGGAAGGAAGAGGAAGACCUGAAUCUUUGCCUAAAUGGUGGAGGACUGAUCUGAACCUUGUUCUUCCAGCCCUCCUGCCAGUUGUAAGCCUCGUUGGCAUCUCUAAGGAGAAAAACUCAAAGUCAACGUCAGCACACUUGGAGCCCUUAUUUGAACACCACCUUGAACAUAUUUGAAGUGUUAUUUUACAGUCUUGAGGAAGUAUAAAACCAAGCCCUUCUUGGAUACAUCUGUGUGACACCAUGGCGAAGAAAAACAGCCAAAAGGACACGUCUGGGGUGGUGUUCGACACUCGCUCAAAAAUGGUCAUGUCCCAGGGAGGAACGGCUGAGAGGAUGAAGGAGAAGAUCAGUGCUGUCAGGGCGGUUGUGCCCAACAAAAGCAACAACGAGAUUGUGUUGGUGUUGCAGCAUUUUGAAAACUGUGUUGACAAGGCCGUUCAAGCUUUCUUAGAAGGCAGUGCAGUUGAGAUCCUGAAGGAGUGGAAUGUCACCGGCAAAAAGAAGCCCAAGAAGAAAAAGAAGCCCAAGCCUCAGCCAGAGGCCUCAGCGGAGCCCGCUCCACCUGAGACCACGUCGCCUGAGGAGGGCAAGGACGAGAUGAACGGCUUCCAUGCCAACGGAUCUGUAAUGGACGGAGAGUCACUCGAUUCCCUGAGUGAACAGUUGGACUCUGCCUCCCUGGAUGCAGCCGAGCUGGACUCUGAACCUGCUACGUCCGAAAUCACCGGUGCAGAGGCAGAAAGUCAAGGUAGUGCCCCAAGUCCCGCCUCUCAGCAAGGAGGGAGGAAUCACCAGGGUCCCAGAGGCAACAAGCCCCGACGCCGGCCGGGCUCAAAUUCACAUCCCCCCAUUUCCUCGUUAGCACCUACCACUGAUGAGCAAGGAUCACCAGCAGUCAAAAAGAUUGCUUCCAACAUCGACCGCUCUGUGAAGGACCUGCAGAGAUGCACUGCCUCGCUGACUCGCUACAGGAUGGUGGUCAAGGAGGAGAUGGACUCUUCGAUCAAGAGGAUGAAGCAGACGUUUGCUGAGCUCCAGAGCUGUUUAAUGGACAGAGAAGUGACUCUACUGGCAGAAAUGGAUAAAGUGAAAGCAGAUGCCAUGGUAAUUUUGGACGCCCGGCAGAAGAGAGCAGAGGAGCUCAGACGGCUGACAGACCAGUCAGCAUCCAUGUCUGAGGAGCAGUUGACUGAACUGCGUGCAGACAUCAAGCACUUUGUGAGUGAACGUAAAUACGAUGAGGACCUUGGGAAAGCAGUAAGAUUUACAUUUGAUCUUGAGCCGCUGAAGACAAGCAUCACAGGGUUCGGAUCAGUUUACCAUCCACGUACAGGCUACUCAAAUCGGUCCCGUUGUAGCUCCACGUCCUCUUCUGUUGCCAGCCCGAGCCUGCUGGAAACUCCUCCCCCCACCCAGACCCAAAGCACCCCCAGUGAAACCCGCCCCCCACCGACUAAACAGAUUUUCCAAGGUAAUCGGCGUACUUUCCAGGGUCAAGGUUUUCACUCAGGCGGUCAGCGGUAUAACGGCGGCUCCUACCAUGACAGGAACGCUGGUCGCACUAACCACCGCUACCAGGGUGACAGCGGUCACACUUCACAGCACUCCAACAACUCGAGAGGUCCCUCCCAUUCCUCCUUGUCCUCCCACAACCAAGACCGACCGUCUCACAACGGGCUGCCCCAAAGGCCUCCGCGGACGCACUGCCCUUGACAUUAGAAAUCCUCAUCUUAAUCAAAUCCACCCACUAACCCUUGCACUCUCCUCCCUGUCCCAACCCGCCCCAUUACCCUGCACUCUCUCCCACCCCUUACUAACUCCUCUCAAUGAAGAAUAGAACACAAGUUUACAUAUUUCCAUCAGUUGAGCUGUAGUGCCACCUCUCUACAUCAAUCCAUUCAUCCUUCAAACUUGAAAAGCUCUCACUAUUCUGUAAUUGCUCUUCCUUUUCACAUUUCUCCCAUCCUGGUUAAGGUAACAGCUUCUAUCUUUAGCCCCCCCACCCCCUUUGAGAGAUCUCAUUGCUAUGCUAUUGUCAGUCUCUGUUAUGAAUUUUUGCAGUUAAGCAGCCUGCCAGAGACUGACAGGAUUACCUGCAACAAUUUGUGCACUAUUGAAGUUGAACUCUUAGUACUAUUUCUAUUUUUGCUCUGGCUUUCGUCAGCUCUCUGAUUUGCACCUCAAAUCUUUUUUUUUUUUUUUUUUCCUCGUCUCCCAGAACCAUUUCAAUGCCUUCACCAUGAACAAGCAUAGUGAAAGUGCAAAAGUAGUUCUAGCAUGAACAGGGAUUUCAGUCAUCAGGAGAGUAGACAUGCAAUCAACACUACAGACUAUCGUUAAUCUUUGCAAGGUAAAAAAAAAAAGAAAAAAAGAAAAAAAAGGAAACAUAUCAAACUGUAAUCCAGAGCUUUUCGUAUGGCUGCUACAAACGGUAGGGAACUUGUUAACGCUAGGACUUAGAUGUGUUUGAGAGGAACACAGAUGUUACUCUCUGAGGAAUUGUUUGUACAUUUGGGAAAUGUGCUAAUUUGCUAUCUGAGAGUAAGAGAGGGUAGAUACCACUCAUGUCUGUAUGUGAGGUAUGAAGCUACAGCCAGCACUUUGUUAGCUUAGCUUAGUUUAAAGACUGGAAAUGGGCAGAAACGGCUUUGUUACUUCGUCUUUAUGUAACAAAAUCCUGCUGCCAAUCAGCACUUUCUGUCUUGUUUAUUUAUGUUCAUAAGUGUAAAAACUACAAACUGUGGUUUUAGGGAGUUGUGCACCAGAGAGAGCAAGGCUAGCCGUUUCCAGUCUUUAUGCUAAGCUAUGCUAAAAGCCCCCAGGCUCCAUCUUUAUAUUUACUGUAUAGACAUGAGAGUGGUAUCUACCUUCUCAGAAAGAAAGCAAAUUAAUUGCAUUUCCAAAAAUGUUAAACUAUUCCUUUACAUUUUGCCUAAGGCAGUGAUGUAUUGCCCUCCCACUGGCCAAUGGGGUUAUCAUGUGUGCUGUUGUUCUUGGCUUGCUGUCAGUUGUUUUAUAACAAAGAGAGGGCUCAUUACCUUUUGUAGAAAUAAUGUUAAAUGAUAUGUUGAAACUCACGACAAAAGGAAACUGUCCACAUGCUGUCAUUUCAUAGUUACUUCUUGACAUUUAUUCAGGUGGAUUUUCUUCCACACAGUGCAGUUUGUUCUUCGUUUUCUUGUUGUUAUAUAUGCACAUGAAUGGCAUAUUAAUGACGUGCUUGCCUUUGGUCACAGAGAGACUUCACAUUUGCCUUUCUAGAAACAUGGAUGUCUGCAUCAUGAACGCUUUCUAAACAGAUGGUACUUGUAGGACAGACACGCAAUUUAUAAAUAUAUGUGUGAGAAUAAGGUGCAAGAUCUACUCUUCCCCUUUUUUAUAUGCUCACUUUAUUCCGUCUGUGAAAGUAAAAUUGACGCUUAGUAAGGUUGGUACUGACUUCACAGAACUUUUCUAUGGCUGCCAAGCAGAUGCUGCAAGGCUGUUGUUGGGGUUUCAGUCUCCUGGUGGUGUCCACAGUUUGUGAACAAAGAGCUGGUGAAUACCUCAUUGCUGAUCUUUUGACACGGCCUGUUUUCAAGUCGAUUUCUCACAGUGGGCUCUUAUUAAGGGACGGGAACCCCCUGGUGUUUCUUCAUCUCUUCUUCUCUUGUAGUUAUGUACCUAUAGGCGGAGCUGCAAGGCUGUAGAGUAAAACCAGUUGUUACAUUAUUGCUGCAUCAUAUUCAUGUGUCGUCUUCCCUCGAGCAGACUUUUGAAAGAAAAGUUUUGAAAGGAAAUGAAUUUAAAUGUCUGUUUUCUCCCCUGGUUAUGUUUCUUUAUGAGUUUUCUCAUCUCAUCAUAGGGAGAUUUUUUUUUUUAAUGAGAUAAAAACCUUUACUCCAAUAAUUGUAUUUUUGAAUAUUGUGGAGAAAAGAGUGCUGACUUAUUUGCAGUCUUUGGUCCUGUAAUGACACACAAAGAGGUUAGUUUGACUUAAAGGAAUAUUUUUUGGAAAUAUACUUAUUUGCUUUCUUGUCUUGAGUUACAUGAGAAGAUUGAUACACACACACACACACACACACACACACACAUAUAUAUAUAUAUAUAUAUAUAUAUAUAUAUAUAUAUAUAUAUAUAUGAAGCUACAGUGAGAGGCCAUUUAGCUUAGCUUAACAUAAAAACUAAAAGCUCAGGGAGGCAGCUGUGUGUUUUAAUGGAGGUGGGGCAGAUGUACAUUUGCCAAAACAACCACUUGGUGCUCUCCUGUAAAACCAAAAAAUACUGUUUACAUUUUUUCUUUUUUUCUUUUUUUUUGGAUAAACCAUGAAUUUCACCCUUGUCACUGUUUUGGAGUGUGACACAGGCUCGCUGUUAAAACAAUCACUACAACUGCAGCAAAUCCAGCAGGCCUCCAGCCCCUGGAGACAGUAAUGAGCCCAUUAGAUGCCACACUAGAAAACUCACCACAGUAUUUAUCAGUUUUACAGGAGAAAAGACUUCAGGGAUGAGGAAUAAUUGGUUGUUAUGGCAAACGUGAGUCUGGUUAACCGCCUCACCUCCACUAAAGAGCCAUGGGCAGCCGCUUCCCUGAGCCUUUCUACAAAACCAUCAGGGAUUGUCUCGUCCAAACAGGGCUGGGAAUUAGGGGAAACUUUAAGUGGAAAAGGACAAUUCACAGUUUUAUAGUUGAGUUAUGACCGUUCAUAUUAAGCUCAUUUAUUGUUAUGUGUUCUCAAAUUGCUUUAAUUUUUCAAAUAAUUAACACAAAAAAAUCUCAGGCAAGUUAGAAUUAUUUCAUCAUACAAGUACUGUACGGUUAUUUUUUAUCAACAACAUAUAUACAUUUUCUUCUGUAGCAAUAGAUUAAUUUUGUCAGACCAACAGUUAAAACCCCAAAGAUGCUGAGCUUCAUAUCAUUUCACUAAACUAAAUGCAUGUUCACAUUUUUUUUUUACAUUUUUUGCUUAAAAAAUGAUCUGUAAGAUUAAUCAUUUUGCAUAAUUGUUGCCAGUGACAUUUCUGUCAAUCAACUGAUGGAUUAAUCAACUAAUCAUUUCAGUUUUAAAGUACAGUUCUACCAUAUAGGCCAAACAAGAAGAAGUUAAUCUAACCGUAGCCGUAGCAUCGUAUGUGGUAUCAAAUCUUCUCAUCCAACUCGGUAAGACAACAAAAAAGUGUGUUUCUUAAAAUGUCAGACUAUUCCUUUAAGUGCAUUCAGAGGCAGUGACUUUGUUAUAAUGUCACUAAGAUUUUUAUUGACUGAAGCUGUUGGUUUGAGCUGAUGAGAGCUGCAGGACAGACGAUUAACAAUUCCGCUUUUAUUCCAGCGUGAUGCUGGACUCGUUCAGUCAAAACUCAACAGAGUAGUUUUCUCAUCUGGAUUUUGUCUGUCUCACUUUAACCCGUUUUUGUUGUUUUACAUUCCAAACCAUAGGAAUAUUAGAUGUUCGCCAAAGAAAUAAUUUUGUCCUCUUUAAAAGAAAAAAGUUGCUGCCUUUUUUUGUUUCUUUCCUUGGCCUGUAAAGAAUUCCAAAGGGGAUAAAUCCAACACUUCACCUUUAAUUAUUUCCACCCAACUUUAUUUUCUGAAUCCUUACUGUAUAUACAUAUAUGUAGCUAUAUAAUUUUGUGCUCACAUAGGGCAUUUUGUAUGUGAUAUUCAUAUUAGUCAUAACAGAGGUUAAAACAACUAGUUCUUUCAUUCUUCCAGUAGACCUUGUGUCCUUCUUCUCAAGACAACUUUUCUGAGACAACUGUAAACUCAAGUGCCUUUUCUUGUCUCCCACUUGUUCAUUGACAUCCCUUCCACCAGAGUAUGGACCAAAGACAUCAACCGUCCCCGACACCCCUGCCCUCUCUUUUCUCCCUCUCACUGAAUGGCACACUUUUCAUUUACUACGAAUAAACAGUUUGCAAUA